AUGUCUGGAUUUGAACUAUUGGGAGUCUUCUCGGCUGGAAUCCAGCUAGUCGAGAGUAUUCAGAAGCUGAAGGCCUUCUGCGGAAGCAUCAAAAAUGCACCAACCACCCUCCAAGACCUCAUCUUCGACCUUGAGACCAUGGGCUUGUGUCUCGACCAGCUCGAACGAAGUCAACCUGCCGCUCAUCCACCACUGCUUACGCGUUGUCUUGAUCGGUGCCGCGUCUCCACCUCGAGAAUACAGGUGAUCGUUGACAAGAUACAAAGCGUAAGCGUGAAACGCGCACUUCUGAGCAGAUUAUAUACAGCACUCAAAGACCCAGACAUCGCAAGACUGCUGGGCGAGCUGGAGCAGGCCAAGUCCACCUUGAGCCUGUCUCUGAUCACAUACAAUUCGCAAAAGCAGUCGGCUAUGGAGAACACUCAACUUGCCCGAAUGGAGCAACAAAGCGUGCAGCUGCAACUGAUCUGGACUCAGACACAAGCCAAUAGCAUUGCGCUGGCAAAGAUACCGCAUUCGUCCGUUUCUCGUCCCACCGCUUCGGACAGCGAUGGUCAGCUGCGAAUGGAGCCAAGCCAGCGAACCUACGGAGAACGUGCGAACUCGAGCAAGAAGGCCCAUGGGAGCCAUUUUUCCAUUCGCCUUCCUCGGUGGAUCUGUUCCAAAAUCUGGAGUGUCUCUCUGACGCAAGCACAAUCUGGCUGGAAUCUGAAGUUGCGGAUCUUCACGCCUCGUCCUGCGAUGUCAGAGGUCUUCUUCCGAUGCAUGACAGGCGACAUCAGAGCUGUUCAACAAAUGAUUGCCGACGGCGAAGCCAGUCUGUCCGACUGCAGCGCAGACAUGUUUAUGUUUGAACCCCAUAAGUACAUAAACGUCGGAUUCUUCGCUGCAGUUCUUCCUGGAGUGCAGCAACGCGCUUGA